CAAGAUGGGCCGGGGACCCGCCCAGGUCCAUGCCACCAAAUCCUGGGCUACAGCUACCCAGACCACGUGGCAGCUUCCAAUUGCAAGUCGUCCCUCAACGUGGGAUCCACGACAGUGGUCGGCAAAAUAUACAGGAAACCCACCGCCGCGGCCCCCACUCAACGCGGGCCAAGGCCACUUCUCUUUCGCUCUCUCUCUCUGUACCCCCCGCACUAAAGUCUCCUCGGUUCACCAAUUCCGGAAAGCGCUUUCCUCUCGGUGCGACGGAAACCCUAGAUUCUCUCUUCUGUUCUCCGCCGAUCAAGCAGCAAAAAUGGCUAACUCAGCAUCAGGGAUGGCCGUGAAUGAUGAUUGUAAGUUGAAGUUCCUUGAAUUGAAGGCAAAGAGAACCUACCGCUUCAUAAUUUACAAGAUUGAUGAGAAACUGAAGCAGGUAGUGGUGGAUAAAGUUGGUGAACCUGCUCUCAACUAUGAGGAUUUUACUGCCAACCUUUCUGCAAGUGAAUGUAGAUACGCUGUUUAUGAUUUUGAUUUUUUUACUGAGGAGAACGUCCCUAAAAGCAAGAUAUUUUUCAUAGCAUGGUCUCCCGACACAUCGAAAGUGAGGAAUAAGAUGCUUUAUGCGAGUACGAAGGAAAGCUUCAAGAGGGAGCUGGAUGGCAUUCAGGUGGAGUUGCAAGCAACCGAUCCAUCGGAGAUACAUCUUGAUGUCAUCAAAGGUCGUGCCAACUGACUGUCUUCUAUUGUCGGUUCUGCAUUGAAGAUAUAUUCGUUGCAGUCAGAUCUCUGAAAUGAAAUGUUUAUAGUUCAUCUUAUGGUGGCUUUUGCCAUAAUAUCAAAUUUGCUUGUUGAAGAUGCUUUAGCUAUCACAUUGUUUUCUGUCAUGUUUUCUUUUGAGUCCUCAUUUAUGGCAUACAAGCAGAUGAGUUUUUUUUUUUUUGGUUUAAUCAUGUUAUAUUGACUUCCAGUUUGAUGGCUACGACCUAUAUGUAUGAAACUGUUUGAUGGGUGUCCAUGUAAGCAAUUCUAGUGCGUUAUGAUUUGUAUGGUUUGGAAUGCGAUGUGCCAUUUUGGCAUUUCAAUGGUAAAUUUUUUUGCUUA